GUUCGAAUCCCCGCGACGGGGUGAGUUCCCAUUGCUCGGUCCCAGCUUCUGCCAACCUAGCAGUUUGAAAGCACCUCAAAGUGCAAGUAGAUAAAUAAACAGCAGGAAGGUAAACAGCAUUUCCAUGCGCUGCUCUGGUUCGCCAGAAGCGGCUUAGUCAUGCUGGCCACAUGACCUGGAAGCUGUACGCCGGCUCCCUCGGCCAAUAACGCGAGAUGAGCGCCGCAACCCCAGAGUUGUCUGUGACUGGACCUAAUGGUCAUGGGUCCCUUUACCUUUACUUUACCUUUUGUUAUACCAUGCAUUCUUAUAACAUAGUUUGAGGGCUGUGUCAGCUCUGGCAACCAUGAGCAACUUCCAGGACCCUGACACUGCCCAUAUGGGCAAAUGUCCGUUUCUCUCGGUUUCUCAUUUUUUCAGUCUUAAGUUCCGUUCACCACAACAGUUUGUGAUUUUUUUUAAUUAAAAAAAUUCUCAUGAAAAGUCACCAGCAUUUUGGUAUGAUUUUUCCCUACUAUAUAUAUUUUAUAUGCACUGUCACCUAAUCAUAGAAUCAUAGAGUUGUAAGGGACCACUGAGGAUCACCUAGCCCAAGCUCUGCAAAUCAGGAAUGUGCAGCUGUCCCUUUCGAAUCCGUAAUCAGCGUGUGAGCCUUGAAACUGGCUUUUGGAGUUCCAUUUGGGCCAUCUUCAUUGUCAACUCAACACCAUGUCAUCUGUAAGCAUCAUUUUUGAUAGUUUGGGGAAAGAAUAGGGCCUGUUCUUAAUUCCCAGGCAAUUGAGGAUUUAUUUAUUUUUAAUGUGCUUGUUCUGCGAAGAGAUUAACAUCCUGCCUGAGUUGUCAGCCAAGUUAUAGCUAACGUCUGUUAGAAACUGUUUGUAACAGACGGCCUUCUGAAAAAGGCGGGGCAAACAUUUCGUGCCAUCCAAGAUUAAGACCUGCCAAGUCAGGAAAGCAGAAAGCUGACAGAAUGAACCUUGCUUCUUUUCUCUUUUCUUAAUAACAAAAAAUGCUAUGUCCAAGUGAACAGAGGAGUUAGAGCUAGUGCUAACCAACUCGUGGUUUGCUGGUACCACCAAGACCCAUCCUUCCCCUUUCCUCUAAUUUCUUCUGCGCAACGAUAUUCAUAGCCUCGGGGAAAUGUUAUCUCCGGUUACGAAUGGACGACAUGGAAAUUUCCUCCCCGUUCCAGUCAGGACUCAGGCUGUGCCUUUACAAUCUGAUGACACAGGUUGCCCCAGCAGCCAGUCGGUCUCUCCAGUUAAGACCCCUCCUGAUGCUGGAAACAGUCCAGUUGGUUUUUGUACAGGCAAUGAUGGAGGAGACUACACAAGGAAGAAAUUUAAUUCGGGAACAAUGGGGGACGGAACUCAACAGCCGGCUCGAUAUAAGAAGGAAACAAAGGCAAGCUUCAUAAAGCCAGGAAGCGAAGCUGAUUUUAGCUCCUCAAGCAGUACAGGCAGCAUCUCAGCUCCUGAGGUCCACAUGUCUGCUGCUGGAAGCAAGAGGUCAUCCUUUUCUCGCAACCGGGGUCCCCACGGACGGAAUAACGGAGCCCUGUCCUACAAGUCUGGAUCUAGCCCUCCUACCACAUCCCGCGAAAAGGACUUCCUGUCAAUGCUGUGCAAAAAUCAGUUGAGUCCCAUUAGCACCCACCCGAAUUACAAGGCUUCUUCGGCCAGCAGCAGCAAUUCAGGCUCAUACAAAGGAAGUGAUAACAGCCCCAUUUUGAGGCGGCCGGCAAGAUACACCUCUUGUGGAGAGAACCAUGGCAUCAAACCACCUAGCCCAGAGCAGUAUCUGACCCCUCUGCAGCAAAAGGAAGUUACAGUGAGGCACCUGAAAACAAAACUGAAGGAAUCUGAGAGCAGACUGCAAGAAAGAGAAACAGAAAUCAAGGAACUGAAAUCUCAACUUGCCCGCAUGAGGGAAGACUGGAUUGAAGAAGAGUGUCAUCGGGUGGAAGCCCAGCUUGCCUUGAAGGAAGCAAGGAAGGAGAUCAAACAACUCAAGCAGGUUAUCGAAACCAUGAAGAACAGCUUGGCUGAGAAAGACAAAGGGAUUCAGAAGUAUUUUGUGGACAUUAACAUCCAGAACAAGAAGCUGGAGACCUUGCUCCAGAGCAUGGAAAUGGCACAGAACGGCUCUUGUCACGAGGAUCACAGCCUAGAUUAUGUGUGUGGGUCACCUGAUAAGUCUUUGACUCCGAGUGCAGCCUACUCCAAAAUGGCUGACAGCAUGCUCAUGGAGGACCACUCUGUGGAGGAUAUGGCAGAUAGUGGUGUGUUGCUUAGUGAUGACGUGGCCAAUGGGAACGAUGUAUUUGAAGAGACGGCGAUGGACGCCACACUCGAACUCUUUACACCUUCCCCCUUAAACCAUUUGGAUCUCGUUAAAAACCUCACAAAUGCCAAAGAAGAAGAUGACAGCCACAGCCAUAGUUUGGCAAUGGAGCAGGCAGUUCAGGCUGAUGUGUUGCUGUACAGCUCAAGCAUGGAGCAGCUGAUCCAGAACAUAUUCAAGGCGCACGAGGGACGCCCCAUCAGCCCUUCUUCAGCUUCGAAAGAAUCCGACGGAUCUGGUCUCGAAAGCAUCACAGACUUGCUCGUGGACUUGACUCCAUGCGAUCCGAAUUCCGCUAUCCUUUUAUCCCCGCUGGAGUCGGCACACGAUGCUGUGGAUUCUAGGUAUUACGAGAACAGAGUCAUGAAGGAACUGGACUUCACAGACUGUCACGCCGAAGGCUUUGGGAAUGUCACGAAGUUGUCCGAGAGGAGCGUUGUGAAAAGAUACUGGAGCAGCAGCUUCUUUGUUGAUGCUUUGGCCGUAGCUGCUCCCAUUCUGCCAACGGUAAUGUGGAUGUUCAGUACUCAGCGAGCAGGGACUCACCCCGUCUACAAUUUCGGAGCCUUGCUUCGAGGGUGCUGCUUGGUCGCCUUGAAUUCUCUCCGCCACGUGCCCAUCAGCGUCAGACCCUAGAGGGAAUUCUCCUGUACAGUUGUGCCAAGAGGCUGAGUUCUGGUGGGUGUGGUUCUGGUUGCGUGAAUAUAAUGUUGGGUUCUGUCCGUCCUGCUCCUAAAUGUUUGAUUUGCACUAUAUUUAGUUGAAAACAUGUUCAUUGUUUGAAACUGAAGAAGAAGAAGAAAGGCUAUUGGUGGCAUGGAGACUUUCUGCCGCUAAAUGUAAACGCAAGUGCAUUUUUUAAAAAAGAGAGAGAAAAAGCAUGCUAAGCACUUCUCGUUCUGUCGUUGGAUGUGUGGAUUGUGAUACCAAAUUGUUUUCAGAUGGGAGGGGAAAGUACACUCUUACAAAGGCAGCUUACAUAAGCCUCGCAUGUAUUGUCUGUCUGUGCUUCUUCGCGGUGCUUUAAUUAUGUAAUCGCCCCCAGCAUUCCACUGAUCCUGUGUACAAGGGGACCAUAAACCAAAAAUUAAAAAGAGAGGGGGAAAUGUUAUUGUAGGUGGGUGGGUGGGUGGAGUCUUGAAUCUUGUUAUUAACCACGUUUAUAAAUAUGAUUGUGAAUAUAUUUUAUGAAGUCUGUUCAAAGUCUUAAAUGAAGUCUUACUCGGAACGUACUGCUGUCACACAAGUGUAUGGAGGAAUAUUUUAAAUGUAUGUGUACUAACUUAUUUUUUUUCUUGUUAAAUAAUCUUUUAAGGAAAAAGAAGAAGAAGAAUGCUUUAUAAUCACAAGUUAUAAGUAAAGCAUGUUGAAACUGAA